CCGCCUUUGCUAGCUACCACUGCGCUCCCGCUACAGAAUGUUAAUGGCGUGGGCUACAACUCCCAGCAGUCCAGUGGACCAGUGCGAGUGCUAUGUUGCAUUUGGGGAGAGCUGCGGGCUGUUCUAGCCACUGCCGGGCCUCUUCGGGAAAUGGUGCUUGCUGUUUGGCUAAAUCUCUGCGAGCGCUUGCAAAUUCUGCGCCGGAUUGCGUCGCAACGAUAGAGCAAUUGAAUACCCGUUCGAGGAUCCUUUGAAUGCAGACCUGCUAAUCCUGGCUCAGCACCAUUUCGCCGACGAUGAACAUCGGCUGGCGGUCUUGUCGGCAACCGGCCGCGUAGUCUACGCAGAGGUUUAUGUGGCGAAGAUGCAUUUGGCUGAUGCGCACAGUCAGUGUCAACAUUGUGAGAAGGUGCUGGUUCCCAAGGAGAAACCAGAACCUGGAAGCUUUUUUGGGGAAGACCACUAUGAGCUGAUGAUGCGGGUGAAAGGAAAUUGGCUGAAUCCAGGCAAUUCACAAGUCCUCAUCAACCACAAGCUGCUCUCAGAGUGCAUCAAAUCCAGAUCCCUCUAUGAGAAGUAUGACCUUUUUGUGUUUUCGAGAUCUGACAUGUUGCACCUGCUUCCAUUCCCAACUGCAUCUAGCCUAUUGCAGUGUGUUGGGCGUGGAGAUGUUCUGACGCAAGCUGGCCACGAAUUUGGAGGUGUCAACUACAACUUUGCGAUUAUGCGGCGUGAAGAGGCAGAGCGUUACCUUUGUGCGCCCUAUGACACCAUCG